AUGGAUCGCCCACAAGCACCACCACAGCGCGAACUUGUCUACUGCCAUCAAUGCGAGAACGAGUGGUAUCGCGAUGAGCAUGGCAUAAUUUGCCCCGAAUGCCAGUCCGACUUCACCGAGAUCAUCGAGCAUAACCACGACCCGCGGGAGGAGAUCAUGACCGGCCCAGACUUUACUGGCUUCGCACCCGAUCCAGAUGAGGAUGAUAUUGGCAAUUUCGAGUGGCGGAAUAAUGGUCCAGGUCAGCCGCCUGGUGGUCACUAUCAUGGCACAUUCACCAGGAAUAUCACACUUGGGGGCGGAGGACAACCAGGUCAAGGCAGCGGCGGCAUAGGUGGAGUCUUGUCAGGGCUAAUAGGACCAGCUCUACAAGGCCUGCUCGGCGGUCAGCAACAGCCUCGCCAGAACCAGCAAGAUCCUCGCGGUCAAGAUGGCCCGCGAUCUCCUGCUUCUCAGUCUGGCUCACCUGCACAAGGCGAACAGCAGCGUGGCAAUGGUAAUACGUUCGUGCGGCACGGCUCUGGUCCUGGUUAUAGUUUCACCAUCACCACAUCGGCCAACGGUAACCUCUUCCCGCGCGACGCAAAUCAACCACAACCUGUUCACGACCCCCAAGAACAUCUCGAUAGGAUGAUGGCACAGAUGUUCAUGAAUAUUGGUGGCAUAAUGGGCGGUCCUUCAGGGUUUCCCGACAUACUACGACUAUUCGGAAUGCCACAUGGUGGCGUCCAGGGUGAUGCCGUCUAUACCCAAGAAGCUCUGGACCGCAUCAUUACGCAGCUGAUGGAGCAGCACCAGACGGGCAAUGCCCCGGGCCCGGCCACAGAAGAAGCAAUCGACGCGCUACCAAAGCGAAAGAUCACGGCAAAAGAUCAGGGCGACAGUGGCAAGGCCGACUGCUCAAUCUGUAUGGAUGAGGCGGAGCUUGGAUCUGACGUGACCGAGCUGCCUUGUGGCCAUUGGUUCCACCACGACUGCGUUAAGGCCUGGUUGAAAGAGCACGACACUUGUCCCCACUGUCGUCAAGGCAUCAUGCCUCGGGAUGAUGCGAACACUAACCGCCCUCGCCAACCCUCCCAAGCUCCCAUGCACGACAUGCAUUCGCCAGAGUAUCAGCGACAAAAUUUGCCCGAGCGGAGCGGCGGUGUCUUCAGCCGGAUGCGAGAAGCAUUUACACCUCGCGAACAGCCACCCAGCAACGACGGAGGAAAUAGACCUUGA